UGCCUGGGAAAAGCGUGUGAUGUGAUGGAAAGCGUCAAUUUUCUUUUUUUGUGUUUGUGUCUUGGUGGAGCGGGCGUGCUGGCAGAUUUCUACAACGAAUACGAAUGCAACACUGCAUUAUUAGACAGGGCCGCCUUAAGCGCCACCUCCUCCUUGCCCAGCCGUGGCCCCGAAAACGCCCGCCUCUGGGGUGGGCACGCGUGGAGCGCCGAGGAGAAUGACUUUGAUCAGCAGCUGAUCGUCGACUUGGGUCAAGUGAAAAACGUGACCCGAAUCCGGACACGUGGUCGGCCUCACAGCAACGAGUACGUCAUGGAGUACACCAUCAGUUAUGGUACAAAUGGGUUAGAUUACGCCGAGUACAAAGAGCCCAGUGGUAACGCAAUGAUGUUCAGAGGCAACUCCGACAGCAACUCCAUCCACAAGAACGAGUUCGAAGUCCCCAUAAUCGCCCAAUGGAUCCGGAUAAACCCGACCAGGUGGCGCGACCGCAUCUCCAUGCGCGUGGAACUCUACGGCUGCGAUUACGACGCCGACGACAUGUACUUCAACGGGACCGCCCUACUCAAGCUCGAUCUAAUGCGAGACCCGAUUUCGGCUUCCCGCGAAAGCAUAAGGUUCAGGUUCAAGACGGCGGUGGCCAACGGGGUGGUGCUGUACAGCAGGGGGACGCAAGGGGACUACAUAGCUCUGGAGUUGAGGGAGAACAGGUUGUUGUUGAAGAUCGACCUGGGGUCGGGGGUUGUGACGAGUUUGUGCGUCGGGAGCUUGUUGGAUGACAAUAUUUGGCACGACGUGGUGAUCUCGAGGAAUAGGAGGGAUAUUUUGUUCUCGGUGGAUAGGGUGGUAGUGCAGGAUCGGAUCAAGGGGGAGUUCAACAGGUUGAACUUGAACCGGGCGUUUUACGUAGGCGGCGUGCCAAAUAUACAAGAAGGGUUAGAAGUGGUGCAAAAUUUCACCGGGUGCAUCCAAAAUCUCUACCUCAACGCCACGAAUCUAAUCCGCGAGGUAAAAGACGCCUAUGAAUACAACGAGGCUCUACGAUUCGAAAAAGUCAACACCAUGUACUCGUGCCCCGAACCCCCAGUGAUUCCAGUGACCUUCCUGACCAAAGAAUCGUGCGCCCGCCUCAAAGGCUACGAAGGUAUGAGCUCGAUGAACUCGUCCUUCGCCUUCCGGACGUACGAAAAAACCGCGCUGUUAUUCUUCCACGCGUUUUCCUCCAGCGGACACGUGGCGAUCUUCCUCGAAGAGGGCAAAAUCAAGAUCGAACUAAUCACGUCAGAGGUGCCUAAGAUCGUCCUCGACAAUUACAAAGAGACGUUCAACGACGGCCGCUGGCACAUCGUCGUUUUGACCAUCACCACCAACUUGAUGAUCUUCAGUGUGGAUUACCGUCCGAUGAAAACAACCCGGUUGUUGAGCAUCAAAACCGGUGGGACUUACGUAAUUGCGGGCGGCGUGACCGCCGCGCUUGGCCACUCGGGUCAGCAGAUGCCAGGGUUCAUCGGGUGCAUGCGCACCAUCGGCAUCGACGGCAACUACAAGUUACCCACCGAUUGGGCCAAGGACGACUACUGCCAUUCGGACCAGAUCCUCCUCGACGCCUGCCGCAUGACCGACCGCUGCAACCCCAACCCGUGCCAGCACGGCGGCACCUGCAAACAAAACUCGCAGGAAUUCAUCUGCGACUGCAAGAACACCGGCUACGGCGGCGCCGUCUGCCACACCUCCAUCAACCCCCUCAGCUGCCAAGCCUACAAGAACGUCCAAGCCGUCAACCACAAAGCCGAAGUCAAGAUCGACGUCGACGGCAGCGGCCCCCUAGCCCCGUUCCCGGUGACCUGCGAGUUCUACACCGACGGCCGCGUGGCCACCGUGGUCCACCACAACAACCAAGAAACCACUCAGGUCGACGGCUUCCAGGAACCCGGGAGCUUCCGCCAGGACAUCCACUACGAAGCCGACGACGACCAAAUCGCCGCCUUGAUCAACCGCUCCAGCUCGUGCAAACAGCACCUGCAGUACGACUGCCGAGGGGCGCGGUUGUUCAACUCGCCGUCGACCGAAGGGAAUUUCAGGCCGUUCUCGUGGUGGGUGUCAAGGCAUAACCAGAAGAUGGACUACUGGGGAGGGGCGCUUCCGGGGUCGAGGAAGUGCGAGUGCGGGGUGUCGGGGACGUGUAUGGACCCCACCAAGUGGUGCAACUGCGACGGGGCCAACGACUUUAAUAGUGACCGGUGGAUGUUCGAUUCGGGGUACCUUGCGGAGAAGGAGAAUCUCCCGGUGAAGCAGCUACGGUUUGGGGAUACGGGGACGGCGCUCGACCACAAGGAGGGGCGCUACACUCUGGGGCCGCUUCUGUGCGAAGGUGAUGAUCUUUUUAAUAACGUAGUGACGUUUCGGGUGUCGGACGCCACCAUCAAUCUCCCGAAUUUCGAUAUGGGUCACAGUGGUGACAUCUACUUCGAGUUUCGUACGGCUGUUGAAAACGCUGUUUUAUUCCACGCCCGUGGACCUUCCGAUUUUAUCAAGUUGAGUAUUGUGGGUGGGAACCAGCUCCAGUUCCAGUACCAAGCGGGGCUAGGACCCAUGGCUGUCAUCCGAGAGACUUCGUAUAAGUUGUCGGACGACGAGUGGCACUCGGUGUCAGUCGAGCGUAACCGAAAAGAGGCGAUGAUCAUCGUCGAUGGGGCACUCAAAGCGGAGGUGCGGGAGCCCCCGGGUCCGGUCAGAGCACUCCACUUGACGUCGGAACUAGUAAUUGGGGCUAGUUUGGAGUACCGGGAUGGAUUCACUGGGUGCAUUAGGGCGCUCUUGAUUAAUGGACAGCACGUGGACUUGGCAAGCUAUGCCAGAAGGGGGUUGUACGGAGUCACGGAGGGGUGCGUCGGGAAGUGCCAGAGCAACCCCUGCUUAAAUAAUGGGACGUGCUUUGAGAGGUACGAUGGGUAUUGGUGCGACUGUCGAUGGACGGCCUUCAAAGGCCCUAUCUGUGCCGACGAGAUCGGCGUCAACAUGCGCCCCACCUCCAUGGUCAAGUACGACUUCAUGAGUUCGUGGCGCUCGACCAUCGCCGAACACAUCCGAGUGGGUUUCACCACGACCAAUGCCAAAGGGUUCUUGCUGGGUUUUUCGUCCAACGUCUCCAAGGAGUACUUAACCAUCUUGGUAUCAAACUCGGGCCAUCUUCGGGUGGUAUUCGACUUCGGUUUCGAGAGACAGGAGGUGAUCUACCCCGAAAAACUAUUCAAUUUGGGGCAGUACCACGACUUACGGCUCUCUCGUAAAAACUCGGGGGCCACUUUAGUCAUGCAAGUGGACAACUACGAGCCCAAGGAGUUUCAUUUCGACAUUAAAGAGUCAGCGGAUGCGCAAUUCAACAACAUCCAGUAUAUGUACAUAGGGCGAAACGAGUCCAUGACGGAGGGCUUCAUCGGGUGUAUAUCCCGAGUGGAGUUCGACGAUAUUUACCCCUUGAAACUGUUAUUCCAACAGUCGGGACCCAUUAAUGUGCAGUCCCUCGGGACUCCCCUAACUGAGGAUUAUUGUGGCGUGGAACCCAUCACCCACCCCCCGGACACCAUAGAGACGCGCCCUCCACCAAUCCUAGACGAGGAGCAACUAAGGAAGGCCUACAAUCAGACCGAUUCGGCCAUCCUGGGCAGCGUCCUCGCCAUUAUUUUCUUAGCUUUGGUGAUCCUAGCCAUCAUAAUUGGUCGUUAUUUACACCGCCAUAAGGGCGAGUAUCUAACGCAAGAGGAUGCAGGUGCAGACACCGCUUUAGACCCAGAUACCGCCGUCGUUCACGGUACCACAGGACACCACGUGCAGAAAAAGAAAGAGUGGUUUAUUUAGUCAAGCUAGCGUAAUGUAAAGGAGGCCUAAUAGUACAACUGACACUUUUGAGGCAGCGCCUCAACAAAAAGUGGGGUUAGAGAAAAUUGUAGCCUCACUUUUUGUCGAAGCGACUUUUUUUCUUCGUUGUUUUAAUGAAUGAUUUAUUUUUAUAUUUUGUGUUCGUGUGGCACAAACUAGGUUUGUGCAAUUUCAGUGUUUUCUACUUAAAUUAUUUUUUUCCGUCCAUUUUGUGUGUUUUAACAUUCCAGUAUUAUUACACUGUUAAAAUCGAUCACUUGAUCUUCCAAAAGUUUAGUCGCUAGGAUAAGUGCCUUUUUAUGGCAUUUUGGAUAUCUGCACUGUAAUACUUAUUUUUUGUUGCUUUUAUAUCAAAUUGUAACAUACUGACUGUUAAGAGUCUAGUAUAAGAUAUUGUGUACUUUUUU